CUUGGCAAUGCCACGGCCAUCGUCGACAACCCGAACGGGGCUCAGUACAUCGCUCAGCUGCCCAGCAAUGCCUUCGACACCGAUUUAUUCCCCAGCGGCGGUAAUGUGCAGGGAGCCAUUCAGGCGGUCUCUAUGCCCAGCGGUCAAGGCGUGAUGUUCCACGUCGAGUUCUCUGGUCUGCCUGCCUCUGGUGGCCCAUUCCUCUACCACAUCCACGAUCAGCCAGUCCCUGCCGAUGGCAACUGUACUGGCACUCUGGCCCAUCUCGACCCUUACCAGCGAGGCGAGGAGCCCGCCUGCGACGCUUCCCUGCCCGAGACCUGCCAGGUUGGUGACCUCUCUGGCAAGCACGGCAGCAUCAACGGCACCGAUUUCUCCACCACCUUUACGGAUGAGUUUGCCUCGACCCUAACUGGCAUCGGCGCCUUUUUCGGCAACCGCAGCUUCGUCCUUCACUUUGCCAAUACGACCCGCAUCACCUGUGCCAACUUCACCGCCGUC